AAGAAUUAGAACAGGCACACUCCAUUCUUUCUCAUCCAACUCUUUUUGAAGAACCAAAUCAAGAUUCAUCACAUCUUUUGUUUCUCUACUCCAUUUUUUAUUUUUAUUUCUAUAUCAAAAAUGGGUGGUGAAACUAAGGUUUAUACUUUGGCAGAGGUUGCCCCCCAUAACAAUGUUAAAGAUUGUUGGCUUGUUAUUAGUGGCAAGGUGUACGAUGUGACAAAAUUCUUGGACGACCACCCAGGUGGCGAUGAGGUUUUAUUGGCUGCUACUGGAAAGGAUGCAACCGAUGAUUUUGAGGAUGUCGGCCAUAGUAGCAGUGCUCGAGCAAUGUUGGACGAGUACCAUGUGGGCGAUAUUGAUUCAGCAACCAUCCCGACUAAAACCAAGUACACUCCUCCCAAUCAGCCUCAUUACAACCAGGACAAGACAUCCGAGUUCGUAAUUAAGCUCCUCCAAUUCUUGGUUCCCUUGAUUAUUUUGGGUGUAGCUGUUGGCAUCCGCUUCUACACCAAAGAAAAAUCGGCUUGAAGAUUGAGUGCAAUGGUAAAUUCAUAAUAAGCGUCCGAAUUUGCAAGAUGUGACCCUUAGUCACACCCCCGCCCCCCAACGAGAAAAAAAAAAAAAAACACCAAAGACGAGCUUAAGAAGAAAAGGAUGGUUUUUAUUGUUUCUAUUUCUGAGACUUCAUAUAGUUAUAUGUUCUUGUUGUAAUAGAUAGUUGGUUUCUUCAAUUCAAUUUUGUGAACUUGGAUUAUUGGCCAUUUGGUGAUGCUUUUAUUAGGAUGUUUCUGUUCUCUUGA